AUGAGAGGCCUCUGUUUACUUCUGCUGGCAGCUCUGCUACAUUGCCCAAACCAAGCUCUAGCCCUGAAGUGCUACACCUGCACUAACCCCCAGGACAACAGCCUAUGUGAGGCCAUGUCCUGCCCAGGAGACCAGCAAGUCUGCUACAUUGGUGUGAUGACUACGGCCAACAACAAGGGUGAUUCCCAGACAAUCUCAGAGAAAACAACCAAAUUGGUCAAGGACAUCAUCCCCAUGGGGUCCAUAGGCCUGUCCUCGAUGGAUAUGAAAGUGUCCAAGUGCUGUGACAGUGACCUCUGCAAUGGGGUGGCCCUGGUGCGCCCACAGUGGACACUGUCUGUGGGCCUCCUGCUCCUCUGGACCUACAUGUGA